GUAAGAACCGGCGCCGAGUGUAGUCACAUGACAGUCUCCUCUGCUCUCACGUCUAAUCAGGCGGCGGCUCUUCCUAAUUUGGCCUUUUAACCUUUUUUUAUUUUUAUAAACUAGGCCCCACCUACUUCUUUCCUCUACGUUGUUAGUGUAUAAAACAAUUUAUAAAUGAAUAGCCGCCGUUGAUCAGCAUGAAAAGAAAACCCCUUGUAUGAUGAAAUCAAAGGGUAGGGAAAGAGUUGUCAAUUUCUUUAAAUAAACAAGAACUGCUCGUGCCGUCCAGCCGACGAUUACGGGUGACUGUAGUGGGUCCCCCUCUUUAACUUUUCUACUCACAGUCACAAACAAACGCAUUCUUCCCUCUUCUCUUAGCAGUUUCUUCUUUAGAACUUCAGGGGCUUCUGUUUUCUCUGUCCCAUAAACACAAAGCUGAAAGCUUUUGUUAAUUAAUCUUUGUUUCAAGCUUUGGAUUUGUUUUUUUUUGUUCUUUCAUGGCGUCUUCAAGAGAAGGGCACUACAGGGGAGUAAGGAAGAGGCCAUGGGGAAGAUACGCAGCUGAAAUACGUGAUCCAUGGAAAAAAACAAGGGUUUGGUUGGGUACAUUUGACACACCAGAAGAAGCUGCACUUGCUUACGAUGGAGCUGCUAGGUCUCUCCGUGGAGCCAAAGCUAAAACCAACUUUCCUGCUCCAUCUUCCGCAGCUGGUCUCUCUCUCGAUCUCAAUCUCCCAACUGAUAACCCCCAUCAUCAUCAUCGUUGGCCAUCAGCUUCAGCUCAUCAACAUCGCCGUUUAGUCCUUGGUGAGUUUCUCCCAACUGGGAGGGUUCUUAAAGAAAUGAACUCUGAAGCUGACUCAUCAUCUUCAACUAAACCCAAUGUUGUCGCCGUCUCAACCGGUCCUCCGGUGACGGGGAAUGGAUCUACGGCAUCGUUUCUCGGGAUUGUUCGACGUGGCUUGCCUAUAGAUUUGAAUGAACCCCCUCCUUUGUGGCUGUGAACAGCAAGAAAAAAAAAUGCUUCAAGCUUUUCACUGUGAAUGAGGUUUCUCUAGGCAUUUUACGGCUCUUUUUUUAUUCCCUUUUAACUUAACCCUCUUUAUGUUGAUCACCUUUAGUCUCCCCUUUUUCCCUUAGGUAUCUUUGCUACUGUUUUUCUUUUAUUAUCCUCUAUUUUGAGAGUAGGGGGAGUAAGUAACAAGAAGAAGAAUCAUCAGAACAUUUUAUAAAGUGAAGAACCUUUGUGUACACAUGUAUGUUUUUCUUAAUUUUCUAUGAA